UCAAGUCCGCACAGUGCACCAGCGAGCGGAGAAGAGUGCCUCGUUCACGACAAAAAGUUUAGGCAAAGGAAUGGGCAAAUGUGACACGACCGCUUUUCUUUCCCUUUUCGCCAUUACGAUGACGAUAUCACGGAAGAGGAUUUAAAAGGAUCUACUCAAGCCUGACAGCAUCGCAACAUUUGGAGGAUUUUUGCACACUUUUGGGAAUUUGUCGAGCGGAGAAAAAAAAACUUCUGAGUUGUCUUCGGAGUCGGACGGCGAAAGUAAAAAUGUGUUCUUCCGCACAACCGCGCAUUUUAGCGGGUUAUGUGGUGUUUUUCUUGCUGUUUUGGGGUACACAUAGCUUGGUUGGCGCGUACACAAGGACGUGUCCCGCUCCGUGCGCUUGUUUUGGGGAUCUCGUGGACUGCAGUCGACUGAAAAGGGGACAAAUCCCAAAGUCUCUCCCGGAAUGGACCGUACAACUGGACCUGAGCCAUAACAAAUUGCAGGUGCUCCACAGCGCUUUGUUUUCCAAGCUGCGACAUCUGAAUGAAAUCAAGCUGAGUCACAAUGAACUGGACUCGGUACCCAAUUUGGGGCAGUACGCUUCGAACAUCACCACGUUGGUUCUAGCAAACAACAGGUUCUCCAAGAUCGCCACGGAGCAGCUCGGGCCUUUCCUCGCCCUGGAAACGCUCGACCUCAGCAACAACCACAUCGCGGAAAUCAAGGCUGGCUCCUUCCCCGCUUUGCCCCUCAAGAACCUAUUUCUCAACAACAAUCGCAUCGCCUCGCUGGAGCUGGGCUGCUUCACCAACCUGUCCAGCAGUCUUCAGGUUCUCCGACUCAACCGCAACCGUCUCUCCUCCAUCCCAGCCAAAAUCUUCCAGCUGCCCAACUUGCAACACCUCGAGCUGAGCCGGAAUCGAGUGCGCAGGGUGGAAGGCUUGACAUUCCACGGGCUGCAGGCCCUUCGCUCUCUGAAGAUGCAGAGGAACGGCCUGAGUCGCUUAAUGGACGGCGCCUUCUGGGGUCUCAGCAAUAUGGAAGUCCUGCAGCUGGACCACAACAACCUGACGGAGGUGAGCAAGGGUUGGCUGUACGGCCUGCUGACUCUGCAGGAGCUCCACCUCGGCCACAACGCCAUCAGCAGGAUCCGACCCGACGCCUGGGAGUUCUGCCAAAAACUCAGCGAGCUAAACCUCUCUUCCAACCACUUGUCCCGACUGGAAGAAUCCAGCUUCAUUGGACUCAGCCUGCUAGACGAGCUUCGCAUCGGGAAUAACCGCGUCAGUUUCAUCGCCGACGGCGCAUUUCGAGGCCUCUCCAGCCUGCAGACACUGGAUCUCCAAAAUAAUGAAAUCUCCUGGACCAUAGAAGACAUGAACGGGCCCUUUUCGGCACUGGACAAACUGAAGAAAAUAUUUCUGCAAGGAAACCGAAUCCGCUCCGUAACCAAGAAGUCCUUCUCUGGCCUUGAUGCAUUACAGCAUCUAGACUUAAGCAACAAUGCCAUCAUGUCCAUCCAAGCAAACGCUUUCUCCCAGAUGAAGAAUCUACAAGAACUGCGUCUCAACACCUCCAGCUUGCUGUGCGACUGCCAGCUCAAGUGGCUCCCAGUCUGGGUGGCAGAACAAACCUUCCUCCCCUGCGUGAAUGCCAGCUGCGCCCACCCGCAGAUGCUGAAGGGCAGGAGCGUGUUCGCCGUCGGCCCUGAGGAGUUCGUGUGCGAUGAUUUCCCAAAGCCCCAGAUCACCAUUCAGCCGGAGACCCGGUCGGCUCUGAAAGGAGCUAACGUGACCUUCGUGUGCUCGGCGGCGAGCUCCAGUGACUCGCCGAUGACGUUUGCUUGGAAGAAAGACAACGAGGUCCUCAACGACGCCGAGAUCCACAACCAGGCUCACUUGAGAGGGCAGGGAGGUUCCGGUGGCGAGACAGAGGUGACGGAGUAUACAACCACUCUGCAGCUGUGCGACGUGCAAUUCUCCAGCGAGGGGAAAUACCAGUGCGUCAUCUCCAACCACUUUGGAUCCUCGUACUCCACCAAGGCCAGACUCACUGUUAAUAUGCUUCCUUCCUUCACUAAAAUGCCGAUGGACCUGAGCAUCCGUGCCGGAGCGACAGCCAGGCUCGAAUGCGCGGCGGUGGGUCACCCGUCGCCUCAGAUCGCCUGGCAGAAGGACGGGGGAACCGACUUCCCAGCCGCCCGCGAACGCCGGAUGCACGUGAUGCCGGAGGACGACGUGUUCUUCAUUGUGGACGUCACGACGGAGGACAUCGGGGUGUACAGCUGCACCGCUCAGAACAUCGCCGGGGCCAUUUCGGCUAAUGCUACGCUAACGGUCUUAGAAACGCCUUCUUUCCUGAGGCCGCUCAUGGAUCGCACGGUAGCCAAGGGCGAAACCGCCGUCCUCCAAUGCAUAGCCGGCGGCAGCCCCGCGCCGAGAUUAAACUGGACCAAGGACGACAGCCCCUUGGUGGUGACGGAGCGCCAUUUCUUCGCCGCUGCCAAUCAGCUCCUCAUCAUCGUCGACGCCGCCGAGGCCGACGUCGGGAAGUACACCUGCGAGAUGUCCAACGCUCUUGGCACCGAAAGGGGGAACAUCAGGCUGUCGGUCAUACCGAACCCCAACUGUGACUCUGGAGUGCAAGGGGGCAUCGGUGUCGGGAUCAUUGGCGGGGCGGGCUCGGAUGAUGACGGCUGGACCACGGUGGGCAUCGUCAUCAUCGCCGUGGUGUGCUGCGUAGUUGGCACCUCGCUUGUUUGGGUGGUGAUCAUCUACCACACCCGUCGGCGGAACGAGGACUGCAGUGUCACUAACACGGAUGAAACCAACCUGCCAGCAGACAUCCCAAGCUACCUCUCCUCUCAAGGCACCCUUGCGGACCGCCAGGACGGCUACAUCCCUUCUGAGAACGGGAGCAGCCACCAGUACAUGGCGUCAUCCAUUAGCGGCUUCUAUCUGCAGCCCAAAGACAUGAAUGGUCUAUGUCAGCUGGAUACAGGAAGUGAAGCAGAGAUGGAAGCGGCGUCCAUUGACCCUCUUCUUUGCCAUUACCAAGGUCCAAUAAGCACACUGCUUCGCCGAGACUUGUACCCCACGGAUCUGUCCGAGGUCCAAACAGGGUGUUCCGUUGAUUUAAGACCAGUUUGCGCAGAGUCCUACAGCGGAAGCCUGAACAGGUCUAAAAGACGGGACUACCUCCUCUCGGAGCCCUUCGACCUGUGCUCUUCGACGAUCCUGAUGCAGCUCCCCAAUGCCAGCCUCCAUCUUGGGCCCUCUCACCAGCAGACUGGCCGCCGGCCAUCCAUGGAGGAGGCGGAAGCGGCCAACUAUGGCCGACCUCAUGAGUGCCCACCUCCUUACAACAGCUUCAUGGGAACGUUCGGGAAGUCCCCCUGGAGGCCUCAACAGGACUCCCACGCGGGAUUUGGCCCACCCCCGGCGAUGUGUCAUGGGAAUAGCCUCCACGAAAACCCUUACACCGCCGCCGACGCGGAGUCGGCCGGCGAGGAGGACGGCUGCAACAAGGACUCAGAUUCGGAGCAGAGCCGCAGCGUUUACGAACAGCCGUUUGACAGCAACAGCACUGAUGUUGGAACGCGCUGUUGGCUGAGUGACUAAAUGACUUUUUGCUCCCUUUUUUUUCACUAAGAGAUGACCAUUUAAAAAUUUUUUUUAAAAUAAUACUUCUACCUCACCGAGUCGAUACCUUUGGAAUGAAAGACUCCUUCCUGAAAUGUGCAACAAGUGAAUGUAAAAGAAGGACAUUGCGACAAAAAAGUACAAGCCUAUUUACGAAAGCUUGUGCUUUUUGUAAACAGCUUCUGUUGAGUAAAAUAGAUGAAUAUAAACAUUUUAUACAAAUAUUUUAUAUUUUGUAAAUUGUAUAUAAACAGAUUACAAUAUUUUUUUUCUUGCUUAACAUGUCAUGUAUGGGAAUGUUGCAGCCCUGCUAGUUUAGUUAUACCAAGUUUUUUUUGCUUUCAAUGAAGCAAUAUUUUGCACAUAUGUAAACGAAAUAAAAAAACAUCUGAAUGUGUGCUGGGAGAUUCA